AUGGAAAAGUUUCCUGAAUUGGACACGUCGCAGGUCGUCAACGGUGUGCGCUCGCCUAGCCCCUACAAGUCGCCGUCCGGAUACUCCAACGGGAGCGCUUCCCUUUCAGACCGCGGAACCGCCUCGUCCUCCAUCAAGAGAGAAAACGGCCACCAGCUGGUCCCGCCGCCCGGCCUGGGCAUAUGGACCCAUUCGAAUGGUGCCGCUCGCGGCCAUGCGCGGCAAAAGAGUCUUAGUGACGCAUUUCGCACGAUCCGCACUCGGAAUGGCAGCUUCAGCCAAAAUGCUCACGAGAUUGCUGAUGCGCUCAAGGCGCCCGUAUCCGCCAAGCUCAUUAUCCUCUGCAUAACGUGGUACAUGUCAUCUGCACUUACCAACACCUCGUCCAAAUCGAUUCUUAACGCCUUCAACAUGCCUGCGACGCUCACCCUGGUCCAGUUUGGCUUCGUCUCCAGUCUUUGCAUAUGCAUGGCAUGGCUCGCCACCAUCUUUCCCAUCCUCCGAGAAAAGAUAUCCGCUCUCCAAUAUCCCAUUCGGCCCCCGACUCGCGACGUGAUCAUGACGACCUUGCCUCUCGCGGCAUUUCAGAUCAUUGGCCAUCUUCUCAGCUCAAGCGCCACGUCACGCAUUCCCGUGUCGCUUGUACACACAAUCAAGGGCCUUUCUCCUCUAUUUACGGUCCUGGCCUACCGAUUUAUUUACAAUAUUCGCUAUCCCCAAGCGACCUACCUCUCUCUAAUACCGUUGACGCUGGGCGUCAUGCUAGCCUGCUCUGGGAAGCAUGGCUUUGGUGGGCAUCUACUUGGUGUUAUUCAAGCAUUUCUCGCUGCCAUUGUGUUUGUUACGCAAAACAUUUUCUCCAAGAAAUUGUUCAAUGAAGCGGCCAAGGUCGAAAGCGGUGUCGUUGGCGCCCAAGCCAAGAAGCUCGACAAGCUCAACCUACUGUGCUAUUCAUCCGGUCUGGCAUUCGUGCUCACUCUGCCCAUUUGGUUCUUUGCCGAGGGCAUCACCCUGCUAGGCGACGUACUUCAAGACGGCGCCGUGGAGCUGAGCAACAAGCCUAAUGCCUUUGACCACGGCCGCUUGACGGUCGAGUUUGUCUUCAACGGCGUCUUCCACUUUGGCCAGAAUAUUCUCGCCUUUGUCCUCCUCUCGAUGGUGUCGCCCGUGACCUACUCCGUGGCCAGCCUGCUGAAGCGCGUCUUUGUCAUCGUCCUCGCCAUUCUCUGGUUCCGCAGCCCGAUGACCCCGCUGCAGGGCAUCGGCAUCACGUUGACCAUUUUCGGUCUCUACCUGUACGACCGCACGAGCGAGAGCAAUAAGGCUGACCGCAAGGCUCAAGCCAUGACGGAUUCCCGCGCCGGAACCCCGCUACUGCCCAUCAACGAAGUUUCGGGCCGCAGCCGAAAUAGUUUCGUCCCGUCGUCACGCACCAUUUCGCAAGGUUACGGUUACUUUGGCCCAAGUGCUGGCGACUCCAAGAGAUCCGAUGACUAG